UUUCUACAGAUGCAUCGAAAUGCUCUUUUAAAGCAAAUAUUGCAUGUGGAAGGAGAUGAAAAUGAAGAUUUUAUUAAACGAAAGCGCCAAAAGAAGGAAGAAGAACGAAGGGCUGAAGAAGCUAAGAAAUCUCUCCUGGAAAAGCAUAACGAGCUUACUGAAAAUAUAAAUGGUAUCUCCACUUUUUUUCUGUAUUUAAUUAUUGUGAAUUUCAGUUGGCAUCCGCCGCGCCAUAUAUUAGCUAUGAAGGAGGAAGAGCAUGUAACGACUCGUAGAAAGAAAGGAAUUGUAGUCGAUGGUGAAGAUAUUCCUCCGCCAAUAGGAAGUUUUAUAGAAAUGAAAUUUCCUCCAUCAAUUAUACAGGCAUUGCGUGAAAAGAAAAUAAUCUGUCCGACCGUCAUUCAAAUGCAAGGUAUCCCCGUGGUUCUAUCUGGUCGUGAUAUGAUCGGUAUAGCUUCAACUGGUUCUGGAAAGACAUUAACUUUCGCUUUGCCAUUAAUAAUGUUUUGUUUGGAGCAGCAAGUAUCAUUGCCUUUUCGCCAUGGCGAAGGACCUUAUGGUCUAAUUAUUGUUCCAUCACGCGAAUUGGCUAAGCAAAUUUAUGAUGUGAUCGACCAGAUCUGUGAAGCAAUCGCGUCUUCUAAAUUUCCUCGCCUGCGUCUUGGAUUAUCCAUUGGUGGUUUACCGAUUGGAGACCAAGUUCGAGUAUUCGAAAGAGGCGUCCAUAUUUGUGUGGCAACUCCUGGUCGUUUAUCAGAUCUUUUAAAUAAAAAAAUCUUCAAUUUGCAAGUCUGUCGUUACUUGGUAUUAGAUGAAGCUGAUCGUAUGUUAGAUAUGGGUUUUGAAGACGAAUUACGUACGAUAUUUUCAUUUUUUAAGGGGCAACGUCAAACACUACUGUUUUCUGCAACUAUGCCACGAAAAAUCCAGAAUUUUGCUCGGUCUGCACUUGUUAAAGCUAUAAUUGUGAAUGUUGGACGUGCUGGUGCAGCUUCACUAAAUGUAACUCAAGAAAUUGAAUAUGUCAGAUCUGAUGAAAAAUUGACGAAAAUACUUGAGUGCUUGCAAAAAACACCGCCAAGAGUGUUAAUAUUUGCUGAAAAAAAAAGUGAUGUGGAUUCGAUCUACGAAUAUUUACUAAUAAAAGGUGUGGAUGCUGCUUCUCUUCAUGGUGGCAAAGAUCAGAAAGAUCGUCAUACUGGUGUCGAUGCUUUUCGACGUGGUGAAAAGGAUGUGCUAGUUGCAACGGAUGUUGCAUCGAAGGGUUUGGAUUUUGAAAAUAUUCAGCAUGUUAUUAAUUUCGAUAUGCCGGAGGAUAUCGAAAAUUACGUUCAUCGCAUUGGUAGAACAGGUCGAUCUGGCAAAAAAGGUAUGGCAACUACAUUUAUCAAUAGGAAAGCAGAUAUAUCAGUGCUACAAGAUUUACGGGCGCUUUUGCUGGAAGCUGGUCAAGAAUUGCCAUUAUUUUUGCGUGAUAUUGCUGGAGAUGGAAAUGAAUUACGACAAGACAAUUUGGCGGAGGAGCAGGACAAAGGUUGUGCGUAUUGUUCGGGUCUUGGUCAUCGUAUUACUGAAUGUCCUAAAUUGGAAAAUGUGGCAGCUCAUAUUGGCCGCUUGGAUUAUGGUGCGGACGGAUUAUAA